UGCCCAGAGGUGCCACUCCUGUCCGCCUCCAGGGCGCAGGUGGAGCAGCCAUGUCCACUGGCUCCGCAGCGAGCGACCCUGAGGACUAUGAGACGUGUUACAGAAGAGGCGCAGACCCUCUGGGGAGGGCUGUGAGGAAAACUACCUGCUACAACCCUCACCCAUACUCGGACGAGGAGCCGGAGGACAAGCAGGAGCGCAGGGUCUCCAGGGCGCACCAGAGGGAGGCGCGACAGACGCAGAGAAACGCGGCCAACGCCAGGGAGAGGGCGCGGAUGCGAGUGCUGAGCAAAGCUUUCUCCAGGCUAAAAACCAGCCUGCCCUGGGUACCGGCGGACACCAAGCUGUCCAAACUGGACACGCUGCGACUCGCCUCUAGCUACAUAUCUCACCUGAGGCAGCUCCUGCAGGAGGACCGCUUCGAGAACAGCUUUGCGCGCCCAGUCAGUCUGACGUGGCCCUUCAUGAUGACAGUCCGCUCAGAGGACCAGGACAUCUCCACUUCUGCUGUUAGACUUUGUGGAGCUACAGCGUAGAGACUCUGGGAGCUGGAGUGAGAGGAGAUGAUACAGAAACAUCCAGUUCUCUGCCAUCUUUGAAAAUACUGCUCCUGUGGCCUGUGUGCAUGUGUGGCCCAGUGCACUGAACUCUGGAACUUUAUUUUGUUGAGCAUGUUUACAAUGAGUGUGUAACCUCGUGUCUUCAUUUACAUUUGAUUUGUAAAUUCUGGAUUUGGGUUGUAUGCCGUUUAUUAUUAGAAAGUAUAUUUCUGCAGAUCUGUGUGUUCCCAUCCUGUGUGUGAUGUACAAUAGAAGUUUUUGUAUUCCCGUAUUUUUGACAGGUAUUUGAGUGCAGUUAAGUAUGUCCUGUUUUGCUAUUAGAUUUGAACAUAUCGAGCACCAUAAGGCCCUCAUGUGCAGCAGUGAUGGAUCUAUUUAUUGUGUUUUAUGCUUUAAAAUGUUUGCUUUUCAGAUAAAAGUUUGGUAACACUGAUCACCCAUGUUUUUCCUGCUCUUAAACUUAGAGUUUCUUUAUUUUCCCAUUUAGCAUCAUGUGUUUACAUCCUGCAUACAUCAAAC